GACAGUUACACGCAGCGCACACUCACCGGUCGCCAGACGUCUCUUGUCCCCUGCAUCGCCUUGACCCGUCCAUCGCUGGGGAGGGCUCUUCUUACCCGGUGCUGACAGAAGGAAGGAAGACACGUGCAUGUGCUUCCUUCGAGAAAAAAAAAUGUGGACCAAUGUGGUGGUGGUGGUCGUCGUCAUCGCCUUCUGCGGAGAGAAUGACGCUGCCAUGUUCCUGGACUGCUAUGAAGUGGACGCCAACAACCCCGCCGUGCACUUCACCCUUGCCUUCGGCCCUGCUGACGGUAUAGACAUUGCUACCAUAUGUCCCAACACCUGCCUUCAGAAUGGAGUUCCUCUCUCCGGCAUCGCUGAGGGUAUCUUCUGCUUUUGUAGCGCCAAUGAUGCCGCAGACGCCACGCUCCUCAGUGUGGGAAUUUGUGACAUUGUGUGCGAUGACACAGCAAGCUCGUGUGGCGCCACCGAUGAUGCUCAUAUUGUUGCCAUAUAUGAGACUGGUGGUGGGAAUGCAACUUUCUCUCUGAGUGCCACAAAUGAUGACACUGCAGUCUCUUUCACCAUCACGAGAGAGACCAAGGCAAUGACCUUCUUAGUGGAUCUCGACUACAAUGCACCACCCUCCAAUCUCAACAACCUAACUGCUGUUCCUUUCGCCUUUGACACCACCUACAUGCCCUACAUAGUGCCCGGAGAAUACUCUCUCACAGUUGUUGGCACCGUUGACGGGACAACACAGACUUAUUUUGAGUUUGCUAACUUGACCCAAGAUGCUGUGCCAACUGUCGACCUCGUGGAAUGUCCAGUUGUAGUAGAGCCUGAUUUGGAGUAUUCAUGCAGUGUUGCCGUCACACAUGCCAACAGCCUGGACUCUUUCAGUGCUAUCUUUAGUGAUGAUGGCACACAGUUCAUCAUUUCAGCUAUAGGUUCAGAGGUGUAUCGCCAUGGUUUCCCUGUGCCAAGGGGUGUGACAACAGAAGUGGAGGCCCCUGCAGACUCAGCAGCAACAGUGAUGCUAUCCCAGUAUCCUAUCACCAGACCUGUUGAGCUCCUGGCUUACGAGUUCUAUGCUUAUUCGUUGGACACAUUUACUGCCAAAGUGGUGCGGCCAGACUGUGGUGGAUUGGUAUACUCCCUAGCUAAUGGAGAAUGUGUCUUGGAGGAUGCUAGUGAUGUUACCGAUGGCACCACUACUUGCAGUGCACCUCAGCUCAUCUGCUUCAAAAAUAUUACCUGUGUUGAGAACACCUGUGCUGCUGCUUCAACACCACCAGUUUAUGGUGAUGUUCCAGGAUCCGAGGCAACUGUAGCUGUCACAGUAGAGGGUUUCCAGCGAUUGAAAAUGUCAGCUCCUGUGGCUCUGCAGCGAGGUGAUGUGGUUGUGGUACAAGGGCCGCUUGGCAGAAGCCCUGAGGAUUAUGAGAAUGGUGAUACAAUGGAUGGUAUCCCCUCAAGUUUCCAUCAUUACGUGGAGGUCAUUGUGAAGGAGGCAAUGCCAGUGGAAGUUCCUCACAAGUGUGUGACAGUUAACUUGGAUGUCAUCCUUGAGGUGGUGGAUGACGAUGUACCAGCAAAUGUCCUCACCAACCACACAUCCUGUGAGCGAAACAUUACUGAUGUAUCUCUUCAGAUAACUCAGACAGAAACAGAUGAGUAUGAUCCUUCCCUCAACGUAGCAGAUCCCUUCUAUGUGAGAUCAAAUCGUCUUGCUAAUUACACUGUGGCCUUCAGUGUAGGGGGACCCAUUAACCUGAAGUUAUCAUAUGACCCUAACUUUGGGAGUGAUGACCUCUUUGAUGAUACAGGAGACUUUCCUCUUGGAUCUGAGCUGCAUGAACUGACAUAUGAGUUACAGCGUAGUAAUGAUUUGUGUUAUGUGAUCACAAUAGAGGCUUGGAACCAGCAUAAUGAAGACUCAGGACCCAUCACCAAUACCACCAACCUAUGUGUGCAGCAUGAAGUUCUCACCACCUGGACCAUGACAUCAGAUUCUGUAUCCUCAUCCUUCAAGAUUCCUUCCCAGGCUGCCUCCUUCCUGUUUGAGAUGUCAUCUCCUGGCAACUUUCCCACAAAUGCUUCUGUGGAUGUCACUUGGGGAGAUGGAAGCUCCAAGGAAACACUUCCUUUUGAGGAUUCUGGUGGUGAUCGUGCAAUCAUUUCUCACAGCUACACAAAGGAUGGCUACUACAAUGUAACUGCCUACAUCUACAAUAAUGUGUCUGGCUUUGAAGUGUCAUGUCAGGUCAAGAUUGUGGAAGAAAUUGUUGGCUUUGAGAUCCAUCCCAAGUACAUCUCAUCCCUUGGAAGUGAGCUGGAUGGGUAUGGCAGGACACGGAACCAAUAUCCGCUCACCAAGAAUGUCUCCUUCUUCCCUCACAUGACACAGGGUACAGUCACAUACUACAGAGUGGCACACUCCAUUAAUGACUCGGAAAUCAUGACGUUUACCACCAUAGAUGAGUUUGAGCCUCUUGCCAAUGCCUUCCACUACCACUUCAGUUUUGAAACCUUCCUCAACUUGACUGUAACUGCUUACAAUGAGUUCGAGAGUGUCUCUGUGGAUCUGUUUUUAGAGAUAGUGGGUAAGGUCCGUGGCUGCCAGCUCAGUGACUUCAAUUUGGUUACAGCAAAGGGAGAAGGCAAGACUCUGCAGGUAACCUUUGAGUCAGUGGGUGGAGGAACAUGCCUCCUGAUCAAUUAUGGUGAUUCUAUGCCUUUGGUGCCUCAUGCUUUUGGUGACGACCUCACCUGUAGCACAGAGUACCCCCAUGCUAACUACAGUGCAGCACCUGAGCUUGAUGUGGCACUUAACUUCACCCAUGUCUAUAUGGAGGAGGGGAUAUACAAUCUAACAAUCAUUGCCUACAAUGAGCUCAGCAACUGCAGCUCCAGCAUUACCUCAUAUGUCAGCAACAUCCGCUGCAAUCCUCCAACUGUCAACAUCAUGAGCAGCACCAUGGAUGUGGAAGCACCACUGCAGUUCACCUACAGUGAUGGUGGCACAAUUUUUAGUGAUGCCUCCAUUAAUUGUGAGGUCACCAGCAACACAAAGAAGCGCUGGCAAGUGUAUCAUGCUGAUCCUCUUACUGCUGCGUUCAGGGAGGCAGUCAUCAUAAUGCAUGAGUGGAAGUCGUGGGACAAGUCUGAGCUGGUCAUCCCAAAGUUCACUCUUGAUUAUGGCUUUUACUUAGCGACCUACACAUUAACUAUGUGGGAUCCCGAUGUCUUGCCAGACCAUUUACCAUUACAGAGAAUAGCAGUCACAUUAUUUGAGAUCAUUCCGUCACCUCUCAUUGCUAUUCUCAUGCCGGGCUCAGUGUCCAAAGUUGCUCGUGGAAUCACCCAGGAAAUUUCCCUCAAGCCUUGUGAACUCUCCAUAGACCCAGACUUCCCUGAGGAUAAGAAUUUCACCAUAACAUGGAGCUGCAGGAAAAUUGGAGAGGACUGGCCUAAUCCAGAUCCUGGUCCCACUUCAAUUUGGGAGGCUGGGACAGGUGGUGGCUGUUUUGGUAAUGGUCCAGGAACACUUGAAUACAGCUUGUGUGAACUCAGCAUCAUGGGCAGUGACUUCAAGGACAUUGGCACAUAUGAGAUUGAGGUGCUGGUGUCUAAAGAUGAACGGUCAAGAAAGGCAUCUCUCCAGAUUGAGAUUGUGGAUGGUCUACCUCCCAUCCUGAGCAUGGAGUGUGCCAGCCCUGGCCUGUGCAUCACACUGGAGGAUGGUGUGCUGGUAAACCCCUGCAAGCGUAUUGGUAUUGUGGCUGAUUGUGUCGAUGCUUGUGAGGAGCUCCAGCAGUAUGAGUGGGAGGCAAUUGCAAAGGAUGGGAUGCAAUUUCCUUAUAAUGAUGCUCACUUUCCAAAUGGUUAUAAUGACAUCCAGUUGAUGUUCAGUUCACAGUUUUUCAUGGACUACCCAUCUGUGACAUCCCUCCAUAUCUCCCUCAAGGCUACCACCACAGGCACUGCAGUUGGUGAGUCUACAUACUUCUUUAAAGUGAACCAGAAGCCAAAGGGAGGCACGUGUGUCCUGCAGGAGACGGGUCAGAGCCGUGCCCUCAUCGACUCCUUCUUUGUGGAGUGUGAAGGCUGGAUGGAUCCAGAUGAACAUGGCAUCAAGAGCUAUGUUAUCACUUUGAUAGAUGACACCCAGAAGGAGCAGGCUGUGAUGAACCAGCACCACACAGAUGAUGAGCUACAGUCCAUGGAGAUGGUCCUGCCUCCUGGCAAUUUCACCAUCAGAGUCAAGAUUUUGGAUUUAUAUGACAGCUGCAAUGAGUUGAUUAUUAUCAAUGAUCUUGAGGUGAGGAUGCCAACUAAAGAUGAACUGGAGGCUGUAGAUAUUGACAGCAUUAUGGAAGCUCUGGCAGGCAGUGGUAAUACUGAACUGCUCACCACAUUCAUUCUUGCUGCCUCCUCUGUUACUGCUGCUAUGAAUCCUUUGGAUGAUGAGAGCCUUGAAGGAAUGACAGAAGAAGAAAUCAAUGAGAGAAUUGUUGCCAGAACCAAUGAACUAAACAAGCACCUGGAGUACCUGGAGAAGAGUCAAAACUAUGACUCACUGGAUAGUGUGGAUGUGGCAAGCUCAGUGGUGGCUCAGUUAUUAGCAAAUUUAGAUGAUGGCAAACUGGCUCGCAAAGCCAUAGACACAGAGGCACACUCUAAGAUAGUCAACAUGACUGAGGAAAUGAAGCAGGCAUUUCCCAACUUAAAUGCUCCUGACCCCAAAGAUUGGGUUCCUGUUACUGAGAACUUCGCUGUCAUCAACACUGUUAUGGGCAAGUCCCAGAAGGAAGGCAGUGAGAGAGAGGAGGAUGGCACUUGCUCACCAAACAUUCUGGAAGCUGAAAAGAACCACAGAUAUCCUACACAUGUCUCAAGCAUUGAAAUGGUGCUGGAAGAGACUGUCGAAGCUGAGAGAGACUGUAACACUCUUGACUUCGUACGAGACAGUGCUAAGAAAUAUGUUCCGAGCCUCUAUGACACUAUACAUGAACUGUUUCUGAAGAUGUCCAAGGGCAUGGUGCUUGGAGAGAUUAUUUCUGCAUCAAGCACUGGUGCUGUGUACACUGUUAGGAGGUUGAGGAGAUAUGACUUCAACAUCACUACAGUGGGGGAGCUGGGUACGCUGAUCAUGCUGCCUGAGGCGUUCUGUCCAUCUGUGAACUGCACCAUGGACUCCAUCAUGAGCAUGCUGGUGGUGGAGUGGCCUACAGUGCUCUUUAGUUUCCCCGACACCUCUACAAAACUUGCUCCUAGCACAAGAGUGGUGGAUGUGGAAAUGCUAGACAAGGAAAGUAAACUACUUGAGAUUUCCAACUUGAGUGAAGAACAAGAGCCAGAGAUUCACAUUCCUAAGAUAGUGGAUAAAGUUGGCAACAAUACUCAUUCAGCCAUGGAGCCUGUAAAUGCCAUUGAGGAGUGUGCCAAACAGAAGGUGCCCAUUGUCUACAGUACCUUCAAUAUCUCAGAAGAUGACUCAGUGAUUAGGAUUAAGAUGGAGGUGGAACAACUGAAUCCAUUGCUGUUUGUCACUUUGCACAACACUGGACUUGGCUUUGGCACAAAUUAUCUUGUCAUGUCCUUCAUUGACACUUGGGUAGAAGAAGAAGGCAUACGGUCUCUGUUUUUGUUGAGUCGGGACCUGAAGGGCCGUGGCAGAUACUUCUUUGGUGUGGCUGAGCUCAUCAGUGAAUUAGAAAGAAGUAAAGUAAAGCCCAAUGAAAAGUACAACAUCACUUCUAGUAAGCUGAGGAACAUUACUACCAAUUAUAAGCUGGAAAUCAUUACUGACACUGCCUUCUAUCUCAACCUUGAAAAUUCUCAGUGGGAGAGUGAUGGCAUCACAGUGAUAGAGGCCACAUCAAACCUGACCAAGAUCAGGUGCAACCAUCUCACCAGCUUUGGAACAGGAAUGUUUGUGGCUCCAAACACCAUCAACUUUAGCUAUGUCUUCACAAACAUGGGUUUUACUGAUAAUCUCACUAUCUACUUAACACUCCUCAUCUGCUUGACUAUCCUCAUAGUUUUGAUUAUCUGGGCAAGAAUUAUGGACAGGAAAGAUGUGCAAAAGCUUGGGGCCACACCACUACCAGACAACAAGGUGGAAGACAAGUACUUGUAUGAAAUGUUGGUCAUCACGGGUAACCUAAAGGGUGCUCAGACUGACUCCAAGGUGCAGUUCAUUCUAUCAGGAGACAGAGAUGAGACAGAUAUACGGACACUUGCAGAUAAUCAGAGGAAGAUACUACAGAAAGAUUCUGUGGAUGUGUUUGUGAUGGCUGUACCAAGGCCUCUCGGAGAUUUGCAGUUCUUACGAGUCUGGCAUGACAAUAGUGGCCUUGGACCUGAUGCCUCAUGGUACCUCAGCUUCAUUGUCUUGAGGGAUGUGCAGACAGGCAAGAAAUAUGAAUUCAUCGCCAACGAUUGGCUGGCAGUGGAAUACGGGGAUGGUCAGAUUGACCGAUUGUUAUCAGUGGCAGGCUCAGAGGAGAGGAAGGCAUUCAAGCACCUCUUCAGAAACACAUCCAACAAAGAGCUCAGUGAUGGUCAUCUCUGGUUCUCUGUAUUCCUCCGACCUUAUCGCUCUCGCUUCACUAGGUGUCAGCGAGUGGCAUCGUGUUUCUCAUCUCUCUUCCUCUUCAUGCUAGUCAAUGCCAUGUGGUAUGAACGUGUCCCUGAGCAGCCGGGUAAGGGCGGUUUGUCACUGGGACCUUUCAGCCUCAGCAUUGAACAGCUUGGAGUGGGUCUAUUGAGCAACAUCAUUGUCUUCGUACCAUCACUUGUCAUCAUUUUCAUAUUCCGGAAGGCUCGGCCAAGGAAGCUUAGAAAGAACCGCAUUGAAGUGGCUGUAAUGGAGAUGAGCAAAGUGAAGGAAAAGAGUGAAAAUCAACAGCUACAAAGAACAAAUGACUUGAAAGACAACAGGAAUGCCAGCAAUGAGGAGGGCAAUGAUGAUAACAGCAGAUCCAGUACACCACUCAAGAGAGUCAUUGAGCCUGUUGAGAAAAAGAAGAAGUUCACACUACCCUGGUGGACUGUGCUGCUGGGCUGGCUUUUGGUUGUGAUCUGCAUAGCUGGGUCAUGUUUCUUUCUGCUCAUGUAUGGCAUUAUGUUUGGAAACUCAAAGGCUACCAAGUGGGUUACUUCCCUAGUCAUCUCCUUCUUCUCUGACGUACUUUUCUUGGAGCCAAUGAAGAUCUUUUUGACGGCAAUAGUCAUGAGUGCUGUGUGCAAAAGUGGAGACUUAGAAGAGGAUGAUGCAGAAGAAGAUGAGGAAGAGCCAUUCCUGGAGCAGGAUGAAGCUUGGCUGUAUGAUGAAGCACCACGACACCGCACACUGGAGCACUGCAAGGUGGAUGAUGAAACCCUGAAGGAGCUGAGGAAAACACGUCAAAAUGAAAUGGAAAUGUGGGACAUCAUCAAGGAAAUAAUAUCUUACUCACUGUUCCUGUGGGUCUUCCUUGUCCUAUCCUACAGCAACAGGGAUCCCAAUGCUUACUACCUCCAGAUGCAUCUUCACAACUCCUUCAUUCAUGAGGGAAACCUAGAUGGCACUGACUUCACCAAGGUGACCAAUGCUGAUCGUCUGUGGUUCUAUCUGGAGAAUGGCUUGAUGGGGGACCUGAGAGCUGACGAGCACUACAAUGGCAAGGAACCAUACGGCCUUAAGGGUUUCCUUAAUGAUCAGGCAAACCGCAUCAUGGGGUAUGCCACCAUCAGGCAGAUCAGGAUCAAGAAGAAUACCUGCAGUGUGCCGGGUGUGAUGCAGAAGUUAGGAAGAGAAUGUAGUAGCACCACUGGAAUCAUUAAUGAAGAGGAUGAAAACUUUUGUGCUGGCUGGAAGCGUCCCACUCCAUCCCUUGCCAACUCCUCUUCUUGCAGCAUUCCUGAGUUCAAGUACUCAACAGCCAUGAAACUUAAAAGUCUACCCAUCUGGGGAAUGCGGGACUGGUAUGGGGGAGGGGGCUAUGUGAUCCACCUUCGGCCAGAUACUGAAGCUGUGUUGCGUCAUCUUAAGUUCUUACAAGAAAAUCACUGGAUAGACACUUACACUCGUGCUGUGCUCCUAGAGUUUGCCACUUACAACUCACAGGUCAAUCUGUUUGGGCUUUGUCUCCUCAUCGCAGAGUUUGCUCCUGGAGGCGGCAUUCUUCCAACUUUCAGAUUUGAGGGCAUUCAGCUGUUGCAGUAUGAGACAUUUAAAAGCUUUAUCAUACUCUGUCAAGCAGUGUUUGUACUCUUCGUUAUUUACUUCACUGGACGGGAGCUGAUGCUCAUGUACCGCCAGCGCUGCAAAUACUUCCAGAACUAUUGGUCCUAUGCUGAGAUUGCCAUCAUCAUUGCAUGUUAUCUUGGCAUUGCCAUUUAUGUGCUCAGAGAACUGGAGACAAAUACAGCACUCAAGCAGUUCGCACGCACACGAGGUAAUGGAUACAUCAGGAUGCAGUAUGCUGCCACCCUACAUGAAGUAUAUGGAUAUGUGGUGGGCUUCAUUGUGUUUGUGGGCACCCUCAAGUUCAUCAAGCUCCUCCGAUUCAACAAAAGGAUGGGAUUACUGUCUGCUACGUUGGGCCAGUGCUGGGACGACCUUAGUGGUUUCAUGAUGGCCUUCUUAUUUUGCUUCUUCACCUUCGUGACCAUGUUCUUCAUGCUACUCAACAUGUACCUCUUUAGCUUCCACAACUUCACUGUUGCAGUGGAAACUUGCUUCAGUAUGAUGCUGGGUAAAUUCCAGUUUGAGGAGAUGCAGCAGGUGUCACGUAUAGUGCCUAUCAUGUUCUUCGUGUUUGUCUUGUGUAACUCCUGGGUGCUCAUUAAUCUGCUCCUCACACUCAUCAUUAAGGCCUUCACACAGGUGAAAUAUGAUAUUGUCAACCAGCCAAAUGAAUAUGAGAUGGUGAACUUUGUGUGGAGGCGGUUCCGUUCAUUCCUGGGGAAGGGCAGCUCACCUCCUAAGACUACUCAACUCAACACCACCAAGGUUGUUACUACAGAUGACAUGCAAAGCUCCUCAUCUGUCAAGGAAUUCCCUAACAAGAUUGACAAGUUCCUCGAGUAUGUCAACUCAACCUACUUUGAAGGCAGUCUUGACUUCAGUACCAAGGAUUCCCUGAAGUCAUCUAUGUACCACAAGGGAUAUGUGGGUAACAGUAUAUAGGCCUACAAGCACUGCCAAGUUAUUCUUGGUCAGCAAAAUGAUUGGUGGGUCAUCUCGGAUGGUUCAUAUUUUGUAACUUAUCUUGAGGAGAAAAUAUAUAACAUUACUUAAUUGAAAGAUAUAGCAGUGUACAAUUUUAAGCUUGUUACAUCAGCAUAUGAGUAAGUGCCUGUAAGAAUGACUCUUUAUUCUGUUAUAUCUUUCUAUAUCUGAUACCUCUUUUUAGGAAUUUCCCCAAAGGGGAUUGCCAUGAUAGGAUUGUAAAGAGGAGUGAUCACCCACCUUACAACAAAUUAGGUCAGUUGCAAUGUUCAAAUAACAGUGACUAGUUGAGCUAAAACAUUACUAUGUCUCAAGACCAAGAUUACCAGUUUUCACAAAUGUUACCUUACAAUGGUUACCCACAUCCAGGUCCACCAUGAUUGCCAAGGGUUUCUCCAUCAUUCAUGACAGACUUCUGUGUUCCCUAGACAAUCCAAGGACUUAUGCCAAGUGGGAGCAUAUGGGAGACAUACAGCUUUCUGUGGAGUCUCCAAAAAAAAAGAAAAAAAAAAAAAGCAGAAAAAUGAGUGCUCCCCACACUUGAGCUAAGCUUGGUGCCAGUUGCCACUCAUCCACUGAAACCCAGCUGCCUCUAAGAGGGAAAUCAGCAGUGCACUUGUAAAUCUCCAUCACCACUUUAAGAAAAAGAAGAAUGGAGAAGUCUUAGCAGGUUAAUGGGUCAAGUAACAUCUUUGGGUAUAAUGAAAAGACAGAAAGAAUACAAGUAACAUAUGAUAUAGAAGAGAAUACCAACCCUUAUCUCUGAAAGAGACCAGCCAUCACCUACUUGAAUAGAUGAACAUAAGGGAAACUAUAAAAAAGAUAGUAGGCUUACAGUAUGUUUAAACCAUACCAACCUAUAUCCACCUAUCAUUCCUAUAUAUAAAUGUCUAAUCAUCUUUUAAAGUUCCCUAUUGACUCAGCAGUAACAACCUAAUUAUUGACUCUAUCUCAUUCAUCUACCACUAUACUUGAGAACCAAUUUCUUCCUCCCUUUUUUUAAUAUAAUUUUAUAAAUCUAUUACUUCUAGUCCUACCUUGAUUACUAAUACCAAGAAUUUUGUUUUUAUAGGGUGUCCUGCAAGUUAAGGUACAUACUUCGGGAUUUGGUAGUUUAAAUAAUUCUAAGUCAGAAAUACUCCAUACACAUAUGUUGUGUUUUGCUUUUAUUUUGCAAUAAAUUAACGUGCAAGUUGUGUGUUAUGGGAGCCAUUUGUGUGGGUGGGCCUCUGUCUCCUUCCUUCCCUCCUCGGCUCACUACAUACUCUAAUGAACAUAAGAACAUAAGAAAUAAGGGAAGCUGCAAGAAGCGACCAGGCUUACACGUGACAGUCCCUGUAUGAAACACUCCUACCUAUUUCCAUCUGUUAUCCCCAUCCAUAAACCUGUCUAAUCUUCUCUUAAAGCUCUCUAGUGUCCUAGCACUAACUACAUGAUUACUGAGUCCGUUCCACUCAUCUACCACUCUAUUUGAGAACCAAUUUUUCCCUAUCUCCUUCCUAAACCUAAAUUUUUCAAGCUUGAACCCGUUAUUUCUUGUUCUACCCUGGUUGCUGAUCCUAAGAAUUUUGCUUACAUCUCCCUUGUUAUAACCCUUAUACCACUUAAAGACUUCUAUCAGGUCCCCUCUUAACCUACGUCUCUCUAGAGAAUGUAAAUUUAACCGCUUCAACCUCGCUUCGUAAGGAAUACUCCUCAUCCCCUGUAUCCUUUUAGUCAUUCUCCUCUGUACUGAUUCUAAUAGACCUAUAUCUUUCCUGUAAUGUGGGGACCAGAACUGCACAGCGUAGUCUAGAUGAGGUCUGACCAGCGCCAAGUAUAAUUUUAAUAUUACUUCCGGCCUUCUACUUUUAACACUCCUAAAAAUGAAUCCUAGUACCCUAUUUGCCUUGUUUCUGGCUUCUAUGCAUUGUUUCCCUAAACGGAGUUCAGAGCUAACUAUAACUCCUAAAUCUUUCUCGUACCCUGCACCUACCAGAGUUUGGGUGUUUAAUGUGUACCUAUUGUGUGGGUUUCCUCUACCUACGCUAAGUACUUUGCAUUUAUUGAUAUUAAAUUGCAUUUGCCAUCUAUCCGUCCAUUCAUUCAUUCUAUCUAAGUCUGUCUGCAAGGCGAUGGCAUCCGCUUCUGACCUAAUUAAUCUACCUAUCUUUGUGUCAUCCGCAAAUUUACUAACAUCGCUACUAAUUCCACUAUCCAAGUCAUUGAUAUAUAUUAGAAAUAAUAAUGGCCCUAAUACUGAUCCCUGUGGCACCCCACUAAUGACAUGACCCCACUCGGAUUUCGAGCCGUUUAUUAGCACUCUCUGUCGCCUGUUACCAAGCCAUGACCCUAUCCAACCUAACACCUUCCCAUCUAUCCCGUGCGCCCUAACCUUUCUCAGGAGCCUUUGAUGGGGCACCUUGUCGAAAGCUUUACUAAAGUCCAGAUAUAAGAUAUCAUAACUAUCACCAUUAUCUACUGCCUCGUACACCUUACUGUAAAAACUUAACAAGUUUGUCAGGCAAGACUUCCCCUUCGUGAAGCCAUGCUGUGACUGAUUUAUCAAGUUAUGUUUGUCUAAAUGUUCCCUAAUGUUCCUGGCUAUUAUUGACUCUAACAUUUUACCUACAACUGAAGUUAAGCUGACAGGUCUAUAAUUAGACGCUAAAGUUUUAUCCCCUUUCUUAAAGAUGGGUACUACAUUAGCCUGCCUCCACAUUACUGGUACCUCCCCCGACUCCAGUGAUUUCCUAAAGACAGAAACUAACGGCUCACUAAUAAUCUUUUUACAUUCCUUCAGUACUCUGGGAUAUAUUUCAUCAGGUCCUGGUGACUUGAAAUUUUUUAGCCUAUCUAUCUCCUGCUCCACUAUUUCCCUAGUUAUGGAAAUAUCCGUCAGCUUCUCAUACUCAUCUGCUCUAAACACCUGUUCACUAUCUGGCAUAUCCUGCAUGUUUUCCUGAGUGAAGACAGUUAAAAAAUAAUCAUUCAGAAGUUUACUAAUCUCCUCCCCAGAACUAACCAGCUCCCCAUCUGCUGCCUUUAAUGGACCUACAGUAUCCUUAUUUUUCGUCCUGUAUACCUGAUAAAAUCCCUUGGGGUCCGUCUUCGCCUGGCUGGCUACCUUUAAUUCAUAAUUGUAUUGUAAUUGUAAUGAUGCCACAUGGCAUUAAGUAAUAAUUUUUCGGGUACAGUCUAUGCAGUCAAAACCUUAAAGGAAACAGUUACCAAUUGACAGAUUAAAUUAUUGUAUGUGUCAGUGAGGAAAAUGUACAAGUAACACAGCAAUACAGUGGUUGUUAAAUGCUGCUUUUUAAAUAUACAUGGCAACUCACCAGCUUCAUGAAGAUGGCUUCAUAUUGUCAUCUGGAUGAUGCUGUCUUGAACUUCUCCAAUAUAUUCAACUGCUGCAGAAGUAUUGGGGAAACAUCCUCUCUCAUGCUCUGCUUGUGCUGACACACUCUUUAGAACACUCUACUAUCUAGGUGUCUUCUAUAUGGGUACCUGUGUCUGUAUUCUGCUACUGCUGCCCGGGCAUUCCCAUCACAGAAUAAAUAUCAUGUCAUGAAUAUCAUCACUUUAAUAUCAUAUCUGAAUACUCAGUGUUACCGAAUAUGAAAGGCAUCUUCAUUGUAGCAAAAAGAUGCACUUUGGCAGUCAGUUGAAUGGUGAGACCAGUCACUUAGGUGUCAAAAUAUCAACUGCUGAAUGUGGAGGGGGUGUCAGUUGCAGUAAGUUGCCAUGUAUGUUAAAAAGUAGCACUGAACAACCACUAUUGCUUGUGUUACCUGUACAUUUUCUUCAUUGAUAUAUAAAAAAAAUUCAAUCUGUUAUUUGCUAAUUGUUUCUUGUAAGGCUUUGACUGUGUAGAUUGUACACAAAAAAAAUAUUAUUUAAUGCCGUGUGGUGCCACUCGAGUACGUAGCAAGCCAGGGAAGGAAAGAGGCCCACACAGGUGAGCAGCUCCUGCAACACACAGCUUACAUGUUAUUUUUGUGUGAAAUAAAGCAAAACACUGCAUUUGUAGAGUAUUUUCGACUUAAAAUUAUUUGAGCUAUCAAAUCCUGAUGUACCUUGAGGGAGUAUAUUAGCCUUUUUAGCCAGUUUUUGCUAAAACUCAUUCCAUCAUUUUGAAAUUUUUAUUGUAAUUGUUUAAUGAUAAACUUGUCUUGUUGCGAUGGCAAUAACUGUUAGAGAAAAAAAAAAGAAAAAAAUGCUAAUUUAGACUCCCUACCACAUAAAGAAUGAUGUAAUUAUGACUUUUCAAAAUUGCUUUAAAUUUCAUCUGAUUAAAACUAGAAUGAAUACUUUAUAGUUUUAUCUGAUGUUAUGUUCAUUUAUUUUAUCUGCUUGUACAAUUUUUGUAAAACUGUAAACUUGCAUGUUUUUUGUUUUGUCAAAAAGGGGAGAAGUUAGGGGAAAAUUUGACUGGAAGAUUUGGCAAAAUAGAAAUUCUGAUCAGACUAAGAUGUAAAAUAUUAAAUGGUGAUCACUUUAAGAAAAGGAAUAAAGGUAAUUGGUUAAAAA